GAGGCGGCGCUGGCGAGGCCCGGCGGCCGCGGAGGGGAGGAGCCGCCGCCGCCACAGGAGGCGCUGAGGCGGAGGCGGGAGUUUGCGCGGUGAGGCGGCGGCCGAGGGGACCCGGCCCGGAGAGCGCGAGGCCUGCGUGGCCCGCCCAAGCCGCCCCCCUCCGGCUUCUGGAGAGGCCGCCGCGGCCGGCGGGACGCUCGGCUUGGGCUACUACUAGGCCGCGCCUGGCUUUGCUCCAGAGGUCCCGGCGAGGAGGAGCGGCGGCGGCGGCGGCGGCCAUGGCGGCGGCGGAGACCAAGAUCAUCUACCACCUGGACGACCAGGAGACGCCGUACCUGGUGAAGCUGCCCAUCCCGGCCGAGCGGGUGACGCUGGGCGACUUCAAGGCGCUGCUCAACCGGCCCAACUACAAGUUCUACUUCAAGUCUAUGGACGAUGAUUUCGGCGUUGUGAAGGAAGAAAUCUCAGACGACAAUGCAAAGCUUCCCUGUUUCAACGGCCGCGUGGUGUCUUGGCUGGUGUCUGCUGAGGGGUCUCAUUCAGAUGCCGGGUCUGUCUGCGCCGACAAUCAGCCAGAGCUGCCGCCCUCCAUUGAGCGUACUGGAGGGAUAGGAGACUCCAGGCCUCCUUCUUUUCAUCCCAAUACUGGAGGAAGUCGAGAGAACCUGGAUAAUGAGACGGAGACUGACUCAGUGGUAUCGAUUCAGAGGGAAAGGCCACGCAGGAAAGAUGGACCUGAACAUGCCCCCAGGGUGAACGGGACAGCCAAGGCAGAACGGCGUCGGGAACUAGGGGGCUAUGAAAGCUCCUCCACCCUCAUGAGCAGUGAACUUGAAACCACCAGCUUCUUCGACUCAGAUGAAGAUGAUUCUACAAGCAGGUUCAGCAGCUCAACAGAGCAGAGUAGCGCCUCCCGGCUGAUGAGAAGGCACAAGCGACGCAGGCGGAAGCAGAAAGUACCACGCAUUGAACGGUCCUCAUCCUUCAGCAGCAUCACAGAUUCUACCAUGUCGUUGAACAUUAUCACAGUUACCCUCAACAUGGAGAAGUACAACUUCCUGGGCAUCUCCAUCGUCGGGCAGAGCAACGAGCGUGGUGACGGCGGCAUCUACAUUGGCUCCAUCAUGAAGGGAGGGGCUGUGGCAGCCGAUGGAAGAAUUGAGCCCGGAGACAUGCUGCUGCAGGUGAAUGAUAUCAAUUUUGAAAACAUGAGCAACGACGACGCUGUGCGAGUGCUGAGGGAGAUUGUGCACAAGCCAGGGCCCAUCACUCUGACUGUUGCCAAGUGCUGGGAUCCCAGCCCCAGGGGCUGCUUCUCGCUACCCAGGAGUGAGCCCAUCAGGCCCAUUGACCCAGCAGCCUGGGUUUCCCACACCGCAGCGAUGACCGGCACCUACCCAGCGUACGGUAUGAGCCCAUCCAUGAGCACAAUCACUUCCACCAGCUCCUCCAUCACCAGCUCCAUCCCAGAAACCGAACGUCUCGAUGACUUUCACCUGUCCAUCCACAGCGACAUGGCCACGAUUGUCAAAGCCAUGGCUUCGCCAGAGUCGGGCUUGGAGGUGCGCGACCGCAUGUGGCUGAAGAUCACCAUCCCCAAUGCCUUCAUUGGAUCCGAUGUGGUAGAUUGGCUCUACCACCAUGUAGAAGGCUUCACAGACAGGCGAGAAUCCCGCAAGUAUGCCAGCAACCUCCUGAAGGCUGGUUACAUCCGACACACUGUCAACAAGAUCACAUUCUCGGAGCAGUGCUACUACAUCUUUGGCGACCUCUGCGGCAACAUGGCCAGCCUGUCCUUGCAUGACCACGACGGGUCCAGCGGCGCCUCCGAUCAGGACACCUUGGCUCCUUUGCCUCACCCAGGAGCUGCCCCAUGGCCCAUGGCCUUCCCCUACCAGUACCCGCCACCCCAUCCAUACAAUCCCCACCCUGGAUUUCCUGACCCAGGCUACAGCUAUGGAGGCGGAAGCGCGGGCAGCCAGCACAGCGAAGGAAGCCGGAGCAGCGGCUCCAACCGCAGCGGCAGCGAGAGGAGGAAGGAGCGAGAGCCCAAGGCCGGGGAGUCCAAGUCGGGCGGCAGCGGCAGUGAGUCGGACCACACCAGCCGCAGCAGCAUGCGGAGGGAGCGAGCGGCCAGCGAGCGCUCGGUGCCGGCCAGCCAGCGCAGCCACCACUCAAUGGCUCACAGCAUCCGCAGCCACCACAGCCAGCAGUCCUACGGGCCUCCCGGCCUGCCGCCUCUCUACAGCCCUCCCAUGUUGCUGAUGCCUCCGCCGCCUUCCGCCCUGGGACCCCCGGGGGCUCCCCCUGGCCGAGACCUGGCCUCUGUGCCCCCUGAACUGACGGCCAGUAGACAGUCAUUCCGAAUGGCCAUGGGCAACCCCAGUGAGUUCUUUGUGGAUGUAAUGUGAAACGCCGCCCCUCCCUCCGCCUGCCUGCCGCCCCCGUUGGUUUUGUCUCCUAGGAACAGCCCGGCCUGCGGGGGAUUCCUUUUCUUUUCUUUUUUUGGUCUUGGCAAUUAUGAAAAGGGAAAAAACCCCCGAAAAUAAACUGAACUAAAUGUUUUUGAUUCUAAUCCCUGCCUGCAAGAGGGCCCGGCAGCCUCGCCUGAACCACCCCUGGACUUGAUUGCAGAGGCGCGUCCCCCCCCCCUUGCUUGUGCCAACCCCUCCCCCCAUAACCCCUUCUCUAACCCAUUAAUCCGCAUCUGCCUGGGGACUCUGCUGCUCGCCUGUGUUUUCCCUGCCGGCUCACUUCUCCUGCCCUAAACACAUGCCCUCUUUCUUCUCGCCCCUUUUUGUGUCCCUCUCUGUCGAGCAGCCAAGAAUUACGGGGUGUUUGACUUCCUCUGAGCUGGCCGCCCGUGCUGGGGAGAGCCGCAGCGUGCUGUGGUGGUUUGGCUCCCCGCAACCGAGGAAGAUGCAGAGCUCUGCAGGCAGGCACUUGGCCAUGUGGGGGCUGAAGAUGGCUUCUUUCCAUCCUGGUGGAAGGUGCCCCACCUUAUCCAUAACCCCGGGAAGGGAGCAGGGCUCAGAUCCAGCUGUGCCUUCAGUCUUCCAUCUGAUAAGAUGUAGCAGCUUGGUGGCCAUUGGCAUGAGGUUGAGAGGAGAGCUCCCACCUUGCCAGGCAGGUGAGAGUUCCCCUUGAGAGCUUCUCAGAUGGUGAUAAGAGCCGCAAGCCGCCAAAGAGGCUCACACCCUUCCUUGAUUCUUUGCCUCCCAUGUCUUGAUUAGCGCCAAUAGCGAGAGUGCCAACCCCCAGUAUCCAUAGUUCAUGUUCCUGAAGAUACUACAGGUACAAGCGCCCCCCUUUCUAAUAUGCUUUCUUUCUCUACCCAAGCACUCCUGGUGAGCCAUCUUCUUGCUGUAUCUCUUUGGUGGCCUGUUUAGUAGAGCCUUUUUUACUGCCACCUUUUCACACCCAGGUCUCUCAUGUGCCCAUCAGUCCGUUGUCUCUUAAGCCGAGCUGUUUUUAGAUGCUCUCUCUCCUCAGCCUGCUCCACUGUUUCGUUUAAAUGCCUUGCAUCCACACUACAUAACCCUGGCAGCAGUAUCCCUUGGUAUUUCCUCUGCCCACCGCCCCCUCUUCUUUGUCUCCUACCUCUCUUUCAUCCUUCCUUUUCUUUUUAACAAUCCCAAAACUGAAAAAGUGAUGGGGGGGGGGGAGGAAGAGAUGGGGGGGAGGUAGACAAAUAUCAUCAAAAAGAUAAUUUCAUUAUCACAAAUAGUAUGAAAUAAGUUCUGUGGGAUACAGGUUUUUAAGCAGAGGUUGGAAGGCCACCUGUAAUGUAUGAUCUAGUUGUGAUUCCUGCAUUGCAGGGGCUUGGACUGGAUGAGCUUCCAACUCUACAAUUCUAUGAGGAUUUUAACAAAGCAACUUUUGGGGUCGUCAUGGUUGUGAACAUGGUUGGAUCUCCAAAAUCAGAAGAGUUGCUGCACUAGGCUUAUGUCCCAGGGGCCGGAUGAGUUGCCCCAAGUGGACCCCUGCACCAUGAUUGCCAGCAGCAAAAUAAAGAAUAAACUUAUGCGGUGCUCCUGUUCACUGUUCCUGUCACUCAGCAUUGUCCUCCGCCAUGACGCUGAAGUCCAUUUCCCUCCUCCCCGAAACAUUCAUUCAUCUUUCCUUGGCCAUUGAGAAUACACUGAAAUUUUUAUUGGGUUCUUUUUAGGGUCUCCCUCCCAAAAAAGUAUUUUAUGUACUCCAGCAAAUAUCAGAUUGCUGAGCCUCCUCCCUCUUGGAUGCAGAAGUCCAAUAAAUAUUUUAACUGUAUUUUUAACCAUAACUAUUCUCAACCAUAGCUGCUUCUAGAGGUGUGCUUAAUUUACCCAAGUGCCAAAUUGUUUUGCUGCAGCUCCAUCACCCAGGCUAAGGAUCAGUGGGGAGUGGCUGUCUGUCCAUAGCUUUUUCCUCUGCUACUUUUUAAAGACGGCUGUGGUGAUCUGUAAUCAUGGACUCUUCCCUUUGAUAGCUGGGGGACAAAUAGAAAGUUUACCAAUGAACUAUGACCACGUUUAUUCUGAAUGUGCCCAAGGUUAGCUGAAGCCUCACCCUUAACUUAGACCAGCACAUUUUAUGCCAGCUGUUAUGCCACUACCCAUCCCAAACUGAUGCUGAGCCAUGCUUGGAAAUGAGGCCUAACUUUUCACUGUUGUGUAUCGAAGAGGGGGCUUUAAAAAUGUACUCUCCAAGCUGAGUGCUUGCUUCUGCUGUCCCCACCCUCUGAACGAGCACCAGCACACCAGUGAAAAGCAAGUGAACAGGGCAUGUGUAGAAAAUAAGGACUCACUCUUGUCUCCCUUGCUGUCCUUUCCUUAGCAGCUGUUAGGCCUUUCUGGUUUCUUCCCUUUUUUUCUCGGACACAAUGCAGCAAGGUUUGGGCUUGAAGGCAGGGGGAAAGAGUCCCACAACCAAGCCCAGACUGCUCUGUGGGCACACUGUGCAUUUCUUGUGUGUCUGGGAUAUAAGCAGGGCCUCUGGCUUACCUGCAUUGCUUGCUGCUGUGCUGCAACAUAGACACUUCAGAAUCGCACAUGGCAGAAUGUCAGUUUCCAAAACAUUCCUAGCCCUCACACUUGCAGAGGGAGCACAGUGGCCGUGUUUGCUAAAUCAUAGAAAAUGCAAAUGGUUGAAGAAGGGAUUUAGGAAGUCCAGAGGCAUCUUCACCCAGUGUAGUGCUGUGUCCUUCCUUGUGGAUUCUGUUUAACCCCCUUGCCUUUUCUAUACUUGUCCUCUCCACUCCCUGCAUUUCUCAGUGAAUCGUAGCCCAUCCUUCUCAGCCACCCAUGUGCAGAAUUUCUUACAUCUGCAGGCAGGGAAGGCUUGCAAUAGAGGAGUUAUACUAAACUGCAAAGCACACAGAUACAGUCAUGCGUGACUUUACACAAUUUUCACGCAGUUUCCCGUACAGAAGUUCUUGUAGGAAACUCAUCACACGUGAAGCAACACUUAACUCUGCUUGCUAUGGCAGGGAUUUGUUCAGUGGAGAAUUCCAGAGCCCUUGAGCAUCCCACGCCGAUGCAAAAAUCUGUACGAUUUAUCACAGCCCACCUUUAGCUAAACUGCUUUUGUGCUCUUGCCAAGGACCUGGUUGGGAGAAGCACCCUCAAUUAGACGGUACAUUCUAGUCCCCUUGCGGCCCAUAACCACCUUUGGCCUUCCUGCCAUGCAACAGUUGUCUUCUGCACCAAAUAUCAACCGUUUUUGGAAUGUCUUGUGGGGUUUGUUGUUUUUAAGAUUGAAGUGUUCCUUCACUCCUGUUUUCCUCUCCAGUCCAGCAUCGGUUCCCCCUUUUUUGCUAGUUCCCUACGCCCCCCACCGUGAUGCCAGUUCUUCUACACCUUUGCCACUGCUCUGCUCAUUUGGUCUAUUGAAACAUUUGCCCCCUUUCUGCCUACCAUUAGUCUCUCUUUCAAGGCAUUGCCCGUGAUCUCAAGUGUCAAGUUGCCAGUCCUCCCUCGCUCCUCCUCCUGGUGCUAUAUUGCCAUUCUGUCUUCCCUCUUCCUCCUCCUCCUUCUCGAGUCCCUUCCUCACCUGGUACUACGUCGCCAUCUUGCUCUCUUUUCAACUCCUUUCUCCCCACUUUGGUGCUAUUUUCUCUUGUCACACAUAUUGCCCCUUCCCUCACACACCUCUCGGUUUUAUAUAAAUUGAAACCACCCUACUUGUUUUUAUUUAUAAAAUAGUUUUAUUGGACUCCA